AUGGUCAAGCGACGUAGGAAGACGCGCACCCAUCUCAAAGGGCCCAACAACAGCGCUGCCACAUCCACUAGCGCUCCCAAAUCCUUCAUCAUCCGGACAGGCAAAGUCCCUCGCAGCGUCUCUACCUUAGUCCAGGACACACGUAAGGUCAUGGAGCCGAACACAGCAACUCGUCUUCGCGAAAGGAACUCGAACAAGCUAAAAGAUUUCAUCUCUAUGGCUGGUCCCAUCGGCGUCACUCAUCUUCUCAUCUUUAGUCAGACCGACGCUGGCACCAAUCUGCGAAUCCUCCGUGCGCCAAGAGGACCAACAUUAACGUUCAGAGUCAACAAGUAUGCUUUGUCCAAAGAUGUUCAGGCGUCAAGCAGACGACCAACCCCACCAGGAAGCGAAUUUGCCACACCACCUCUUCUCGUCCUGAACAACUUUGGAGGCGAAGAGCGCCAAAUCAAGCUCCUGGUCGCAACCUUCCAAAAUCUCUUCCCACCAAUCCAAGUACAAAGCAUGAAACUCUCUCAAGCCCGGCGAAUCGUCUUGCUGAAUUACAACUCAGCAACCGGCACUAUCGACUGGCGACACUACCUCAUCUCCGUUCGUCCCGUUGGUGUCUCCAAGUCCGUCCGAAGAGUCAUUGAAGGUACUCGAUCUGGCACCUCUUCCCGCGGCACCCGCAGCAAACUUCCAGACCUCUCCUCCACCCAAGACAUUUCCGACUACGUCCUGGGCCGCACGGCUGCCUCCACCAAUGGCGAAUUCGAAACAGACGCCUCCGAGGCAGAGUCAGAAGCAGAAGACGUAGCCGAUCCACGCAACAAAGUCCACCUUCACGAUCGUUACGUAGGUCGUGGUAACUCUGCCAACACUCAAAAAGCCAUUCGUUUGCGAGAGAUUGGUCCUCGAAUGGAACUCAAACUCGUCAAAAUUGAAGAAGGUUGCAAUGAAGGAGCGGUACUGUUCCACGAGUAUAUCAAGAAGUCGGCACAGGAAGUCACACAACAGCAUCGAGAGCUUGUGGUGAAGAAGAAGUUGCAAGAACAGAGAAGAUUGGAACAGGAGGAGAAUGUGCAGAGGAAGAAGGAGGAGAAGGGACAAUUGAGGAAGGCAAGUAGGAGGAAUGCUGGGCUGGCGUCGGAGAGUGAAGAUGAGGCAGCGGCGGAUAAUGAAGGUGAUGAAGAGGAGAAGGGAGAGGACGAGGACGAGGAGGACGAGUUUGCGUAUGAGGAUCAGUUUGGUGCAGGAGAGGGAGAGGAGGGGUUGGAUAAGGAUGAGGAGCUGUUCGAUGAUCAUGAGGAUCAAAGUGAGGAUGGAGGCGGGGGCGAGGGAGAGGAAGAGGAAGAGGAAGAGGAAGAGGAAGAGGAAGAGGAAGAGGAAGAGGAAGAGGAAGAGGAAGAGGAAGAGGAAGAGGAGGAAGAGAGUGAUGAGGAGGAGGAUGGCGGAGCACCAUGGAAUCCCAAGCGUGGUGCUUCGGAUGGAUACGAUAACCCUCCUGGCGUGGAUCCUCAUUCGGACGGGUCUGAUUUGGAACCUAUUCCGCUCGGUGAUCUGCAGCAUGAAUAUGGAUCCGGUGAUGAGUGGCCGGAGUAUUCGGAUGAGGAGGAUGAGGAGCCAACACCGAAGAGGAAGGCUGCUCCUGCGAAGGGCAAGCCUGCAGCCAAGGGUAAGGGCGCCAAGAAAGGCGGUCGUCGUUGA